AAAAUCCACAGAAGAAGAACAAAAAUAUAAACAGGAAACGUACAGACAGGCUAAUAGCUUGUAUGUUUUAUUGAUAAAAUUUUACUUUUUUAAUCGUAUUUGUUAGCUCAAAACCAUCCAGUCAGUAAGAUGGGGAAGCGACAGCACCAAAAGGACAAAAUGUACAUCACAUGUACAGAAUACACAAACUUUUAUGGCGGGAAACGAGCGGAAAUUCCCCAAGCAAACUUUAAACGUCUCCCAUUUGACCACUGCAGUUUGUCCUUGCAACCAUUUGAGUAUCCCGUCUGCACUGAGGAAGGCUUGGUGUUUGACCUGCUGAGCAUUGUUCCUUGGAUUAAGAAGUAUGGAACCAAUCCCAUCACUGGAGAAAAACUGGAAGCAAAGGCCCUCAUUAAACUGAACUUCGCCAAAAACAAUGAUGGGAAAUACCACUGUCCAGUUCUGUACAACGUCUUCACAAAUAACUCUCACAUUGUCGCCAACAAGGUCACUGGAAAUGUGUUUUCCUACGAGGCGGUUGAGCAGCUCAACAUCAAGACAAAAAGUUAUAAAGACCUGCUGACUGAUGAACCCUUCACUAGAAAAGAUAUCAUAAUGCUUCAGGAUCCCACCAACCUGGAUAAGUUCAAUGUGUCCAACUUUUUUCAUGUAAAGAACAACCUCAAAGUGCUGGAUCCAGAUGAGGAAAAGGCCAAGCAGGAUCCGGCGUACCACCUGAAGAGCACCAACCUAGAAACAAGAGAGACCCUGGCAGAACUGUACAAAGAAUACAAGGGGGAUCAACUCCUGGCCUCUACUAUGAAGGAGCCUGAAGCCAAGAAGACUGACAAACUAAACGCUGCCCACUACUCGACCGGUAGAGUCUCUGCCUCCUUCACAUCCACAGCCAUGACUCCUGCGACAACACAAGAAGCAGAUGCAAUUGCAGACGACGCCGUGCGUUACCAGUAUGUGAAGAAAAAAGGCUAUGUCCGUCUCCACACAAACAAGGGAGACCUGAACCUUGAGUUGCACUGUGAUAAGGUUCCCAAAGCCGGGGAGAAUUUCAUCCGUCUGUGUAAAAAAGGUUACUACGAUGGGACAAUCUUCCACAGGUCCAUCAGGAACUUUAUGAUUCAAGGAGGGGACCCCACUGGAACAGGCACAGGUGGCGAGUCCUUCUGGGGGAAACCAUUCAAAGACGAGUUUCGGCCCAACUUGUCUCACACUGGCCGGGGAAUCCUCAGCAUGGCCAACUCUGGUCCCAACACCAACAAAUCCCAGUUCUUCAUCACGUUCCGGUCAUGUAAUUACCUUGACAGGAAGCACACGGUGUUCGGAAGGGUUGUUGGUGGAUUUGAGACGCUCACAGCCAUGGAGAAAGUGGAGUGUGAUACCAAAACAGACAAACCAAAGUCGGAGAUUAAGCUGAUCAGCACCACAGUGUUUGUGGACCCCUACGAAGAGGCAGACGCUCAGAUUGCAUCUGAGAGAGAAAAGGAGCAGCAGAAACAGGAGGAGGAGAAGCAGCAGGCCAGCAAUGCGCUGAAGAAGGCCAAGGAGGACCAGGCACCCAAAACCUUUAAAGUAGGAGUGGGGAAAUACAUCAACCCAUCCACAGUGAAACGUCCAGUUGCUGAAGAUGAAAGCGGGCCGUCCACCAGCGGAACAGCGGCCAAGAAGUCCAAAGGAAAGACCAGCUUCGGAGACUUUAGCUCCUGGUAGCUCAAGUGCUUUCAGGAUUCUGUAUAUAACAAGUCAGACUUUAAACUCCAUCUGUUUUUGUAUCAAGUAGAAUGAAAGAUGUUAGUAUCUCAUGAAAAUAUGCAAUAAAGCAACUUUUCCUUUA